AAAUAAACAAGAGCUCCUCUCAGACUGGUUCCUGAAAGCAAUGUGCAUACAUUUGCCUCCUGGUUGCCAUGGUGAAUGAUGCUGAUCUGUUGAAAUGAAUAAUGCGAGCGUUGGGGGCGACAGUGGGAUUGCUCAGACGGUGGCGGCGAGAGAGGCGUCAGGAGAGCCCAGAGCAGAGGCGGGGGAAAGGCACCAUUCCCUUGGUCCGGGUCCACUCUGCCUCUGAGGGCUGUGCUCCAACCAGACCUGCCGCAAGCAUCAGAAUCAGGAUGAACAUCGAGGUUGGCAACGUUUCCUACACGGGAGCCAUUGUGUCCUGGUCGUCCUCGGAGCCCUGCCUGGAGGACUACUACCAUAUUAUGUACAGGCCCAACUGGAACAGCAUCUUCUCCGGCUAUCUUCGCUACAGCUUCCAACACGAGGAGAAGGUGCCUAAGACCGUCAGCAAGGUGGUGCUGGACCACCUCACCCCUUCCACUUUCUACUUCCUGUGCGUCAGCUGCAAGAAGAUCACCUUCCCCUACAGGCACUACUGUACCAUGUUCCACACCAUGGAGAAGAAUCCGCUGUCCUCUGGAAGCCCCCUGGUGGACCCCCACGUCUCCCUGUGGGUCCUGCUGGCCAUUCUGAUGGCCUGCUUCACGGCCGUCUUAGCAUUCGUCUGCCUCCAGUUCUGGUGCAUCCGCUGCCAUGAGCCCCGCUGGUCCUACAGAGCCGGCCACAUGGAGGAAGCCAAUGGGCGGGUGAGGUGGCCAGAGGAGGCCCGCGUCCUGGGUCUGAGGGAUGAAGACCAGCAGCGGCUUCCCCUGGUGGAAAUGCCCCACGAGGAUUCCGGAGCUGGAACGGAAGCAGAAGCCGACCAGGCUGCCUCUGAUGUGGGUGAUGACCAGCCUGCCAUUCCGCCCCAGUUCAAGGAGUGAGAGGUGGGAGGGGGGAGGCAGCCCGCACUGCAUAGCAUGACGCCCUCUGCAGAGUACCUCCUUUGUAAAAAUGUGUCUGUAGACUGCCUACCCACGUCUCCCCUCAAAAGCCAGCAUUCUUCUGGACCCUCUGGGUCCACAGAUGCCCCGUGACAAAGCUUCUCAGGCCAGCGGACAGGUACCCCCACGGUGUGCUGAGGUAGACACGUGGCAUCACUUAGAAGUGUCCAUUUGAGGAGGGGCAGCUCGCAAUUUUAGAAGUUAUUUUAAUAUUAAAGCAAAUAUGAAUAUAUCAAGAUGUAGAAACUGAAAUGUGCAUGACUUAAAUAAAACACAAUAUUCCAAGGCAGUUUUGGGGUUGAAGAUGGGCUCUCUGGGUUAUGGUCUCAGUCAGCUUCCAGGAAGGACCGCAGACGCGCCUGCUGCUGGGGGGUAGUUUUGGAAAGGUGGGACAAGGCUUGCUCUCGAGUGUUUUCCGGCUUUCAGGCAAUCACAUGUCACCUUGUACAUCAUUUUCAUUUUUUUAAGCCAUAUACUAUCUUUACUAUUAUUAGCAAGUAUUUUUAUUUUAUUUACUUAUUUUUAUAAGAUUUUACUUACUUAUUUUUAGAAAGAGGGGAAGGGAGGGAGGCAGAGAGGGAGAGAAACAUCCAUUUGUGGUUGCCUCUCGCCUGCUCCCUCCUGGGGAUCUGACCUACAACCCAGGCAUGUGCCUUGACUGGGAAUGGAACCUGUGACCCUUUGGUUCGCAGGCCAGCACUCAAUCCACUGAGCCACACUGGCCAGGGCACAAAUAUUUUUAAGUUGACUCAUUCAAAAAAUUUAAACAUAUUUUAAAAGGCAGCCUUACAUUACUCUGAAAAUGAAUACCACCACCCUCCUGCUAUAAAUAGAAGAGACAUAAGAAUAAACAGAAUGAAAACAUCAUAAACUUGACUUAGACACCACUGCCUACUGAAGACUCCAAGGUUAUGGCUCACUUUCUAGUCUUCAAUAAAAAGGGAGAUUAGCAAGCACUGGAGAAGUAUUAAGGACCCAUUAGCACCGGCGGAAGUCUUUCUCCCUGACAUAAUCCACGAGGUUUGAAAACUACCUAAAAUGCGCUCUGGAGGCAUCUCCUGAUUUAAGACAGAUGUGCUGGACAGACCGGCUGUCCUGGAGAAGCCACCUGCCUUCUCUUGGCUUCAUCCUAAGACCUUCUAAGCCCCACCUUUAGGGCCAGCUGGCGGGAACUCACCUCGGUUCAUCCCACUCCCUGAGCUAGGGCUCCCCGACCCAGGGGACGACCUUUCCUAAGAGUGUUCUGUUGGCCCAGUCGGCUCCUCUCCUAAGUUCACGCGAACAUGGGCUCAAAGGUGGCCGUUUUUGUUCCCCCGCAAGGAGAAAGGUUGGCUUUUGUGUUGUUGUUGACCCAUCUCACCAUUUCGGUGGCAUUCUGUAGUCCUCCCAUAACUGCCGCCUUCCCAGGGUGAGAAGUGACUCUCCUACCUAUGCCAUGUGACAGGAGGACCUGGGGAACGGUGUUGCCCUGUCGCCACCCUGGGCGUGGGACUGGAGCAUGAGGAGGGCAGAGGUGAUGUCUGUUUUAAUCUCUAGCGUAUCUGCAGCACGUAAAAGCGAGCCGUGUCUGGCCUAGAGUGAGUGCUUAGUGAGUGUCUGUUCCAUGGACGGCAGGGACUGAAGGUCUGGCACAGGCACCGCCGGGGACCGUCAGUUAGCGUCAGGCUGUGUGCGUGUGAACGGCGCAGCACAGAUGGAAAACAGGGUUCUCAGUUCUGGCUCCGGUCACCUGGACUUCCUUCAAAGCAUCACCUUCCCAACCACUUCCAGUCUGCACAUCCCUUCUAUCUAUAGAGCACAGAUCCCAGAGUCACAGGACGAUAUCGCAAUGAAUCAACUGAGAAACCGGAGGCAAUGGGACGCCAAGAUGAGAAACCCCAUGCAUGCAUCUCCCCGCUUACCUACCGGCAAAGCUCCUGCACAGGAUUCAACCCCGGGCCUGUGUUCACCCCUGUCCUUGCUAGUUGUGAACAAAUAAAGAUGAAUAAACACGCAGUU